AUGAAAGGGGGUAAGAUGGCUAGAAGGUCCUCCUUUGGGAACAUGGUGAGAAAAAGACUUUCGGACAUCACUAAUUUUCAGCCACCGCAGACUAAAUCUUCGUCGUUUCCGGAAAAUCCGGUGGCCGACUUUGCGUCUGCUAAGGAUUACAUUGACCAUCUUGUUAAGGAAAAAAUGGCCUUGGUGAAGCUUAUUCAAGACAAGAAUAAAAUCAUAGAAUUGAGUGGAAAUGAGAUUCAGCAUUUGAGGGCAUGUGUUCAGAAGAUGCAGCUGCAAAAUUGGAGCCUUGCGCAAUCAAACAGUCAUAUGUUAGCGGAACUUAAUAUGGGAAGAGAAAGGAUGAAAGCAUUGCACCAUGAGGUCGCGUGUAAAGAAGCGCUUCUGAAAACGAAGAAUUCAUCGUCCAAGGGCAAAGUGGAAAUGAACAUUCGGAGAACUGAAUUUCAGGAAUCGGAGGCCGUAAAUGAGGAAUCUAUGGAUAACGAGGACACAAAGUGUUGCAAUGCCGGCAUGAGGCGCCAUAUAUCCACAAGUCGAUCUUUGGGCAGCUUGAAGAAAAGUAACCAUCAUGCUGAAAAGGAGGCUGCUCUAAGCAAAAGACGGUGUGUAAGAAGGCAAUCUGGUUUUUCGAGGAUCAGACACGAAGAACGAAUGGAGCAUUUUUCUGAGAUUAUUGAUGCCAGAUUUCCAGUUACGGCCCCAGUUACGUCAGACACAGAAACAGAAGUCGAAGCACGAAGAUCAUUCGCACGGCCCAUGCGCAAAGCUGCCGGAAAGGUUCAAUCAUACAAGGAAAGACCUAUCAAUGUAAAAAUGAGGAGAUCUGAAUAA